GGAUGGGGGACCGUGAAGGGGUUUGUGCGAUGGGCAUUCUUCGAGCUCUGUCUUGGAGACCGUUCCAAGGAAAGUGAUUGGAUUUACAGGGGCAUGGUAUGUGAAUCAUUGCGGAUCACAAAGACUGGAAAACCAUUCGGAUCGUACGGGCAAAGGGAGUUUGGGCUCUGGAGCUACCGGAGUAGAAUAGAGAGAAGGAGCUGCUUGGACCAACAACAAGGCUCCCAGACGGGCUUUGGAACAUGGUGCGGUUUAAGGUAUAACUUUGAGGAUGGAUGGCCGGGAUUUUGUGCAUAUGCCUCCCCCGGUGUUGUCAGGAUUGCCACUGGAGGGGGGCAGGAAUGCUGCCAGUGGUUCUGCGGGGCGUCUUACACCAUCCACUGGACACUUAACCCAGCUUUCAUCUGCAAAGUACCUUCCAACAGCUCUUAACUUGCACUCCCAUCCAGGGUUUUCUCACCUGACCAGCAAUUUAUAUCCUUCCUACAUUCCCUUGAGUCACCUGGAACCUGCUGCUGGUGGGAACCCCUUACUUGGCCAGUUAGGGCCACACAGCCUGUUUGAGUCACCAAAAGAUGGCUUUUACUUAUCUAGCCAUGCCGGACAGUCAUCUUUACACAUUCAACCACCGAUAUUGCGGCCUUCAUCUAACCAAGAUCAGAACCCCCAGCUGCAAGAAAAAGACCUGCCUAGUCAAUCCCAUAGAAACUCCAAAGAGGUUGCUAAGGAAGCAAGGGAAAGAGCUUGUCAGAAUGAGAUGUUGAUGUCCUCAUCCAAGAAAGAUGCACGGACUAGGGAUGAGUUACAGGCUCAUAAUGUGGUGGAUCUAACCCAGGAUGCUAAGCUUGAGGGAGACCGAAAAAGGACUGGGAUACAAAGGACAUCUAAGAUGGGUGAAUACCUCUCGCCAUUUAAUACAGACCUUGUGCCAAAUCGGGGAUCCAGCAGUGGGGAAACAAAAUCCAAAAACCCUCUUCAGACCUCAUUUCUAAAUAACUGUAAUGCUGGAGGUGAUCCAUUGGCUAAAUCAUUAGGCCCUGAACAGGGCAGAUGUGCCAGAGAUCCAGGAAGACAUGAUGAAAAUAUGAGGCCUUCAGGCCAUCUGCACUUAGACCUAUCUAAACGUUGUGACUCUAUGGUGACCUCAGCUGGCAAUUUAAACAUUCUGUGUAGCUGUUCCUCUACACCACCUAUACAGUCAUCUGCUAGAAUGGCAGCAACCUCCACAUUCCCUUCCCAGCCUGUCCAUUCCAACAUCUAUACAGUUUUCCCAGCCGGUAAAGAGCCAGGAAGGGAACACAAGGUAACAGCACCCACCUUUGUGCCUUCUAUUGAGGCUUUUGACGAAAGAAUCGGACCUGUACAAAUUGCUUCCCAGGCCCGUGACCAGAAAGGGAAGGAAGGUAAAUCAACAGAAAGAACAGAUGUCCCACGAAAUAUAUUACCACAGGAUUUUUCUAGCAAUGAGCAUAAGAGAGUAGAUGGUUCAAGGGAAAAGGGCUCCGUAAUUCGCUCCAGCUCAUCCCUAAAACGGUCUGUGGCCUCUGAUUCUUUCUUGAGUCGUCCUGGACUUGUCUCUCCUGAGAACAGGGACUUUGUGAGCAAUAAAGAAUCAGAUAGUCGAGAGCGAGGCCUUCGUGUUAGGGAAGCAUCCAAGGUAUGUGAUUUGAUAGAUUCACCCAGGCAGCACACAGAACAUUCCCAGAGAAAGCUGCCUCAACAAAAAUGGAAGCCAUUUGAGAUGAACAACUUUGCCACCACUCAGAUGGCUGUUCUGGCAGCACAGCAUAACCAGGUAAACCACGCAGAAGAUGCCAAGAAAGUCUAUAUGGAUUCUAGCAACCUCCCAAGGUCUUUGAGCAACUGCAGGACCAGUUCUGAAUGCCUGCACACCCCCACUCAUGGGGAGAGCUCUGCUAUGCAGAACCUUAUUAAAUACAGUGGGAGCUUUGCCAAGGAAGCAGCUGCUUGGAAGAAUAGUGGUAAGAAAAGCCCAUUCGGGGGUCUUGGGAAUAUGAAAUUGGACGCAAAUCAGAUGAACACAGCCAAGAUUCAACAGUGCCUCUCGCAGCCAGGAGUAAAGAGAGACACAGAGAGACCAGAGGGUGCCAAAUCUAUUGGGCGGGACAGCAUGGGCCCCCAGGGAGAGGUGGAGGUUCGGCACCCACCUGUGGGCAUCGCUGUAGCUGUAGCUCGCCAGAAGGAUAACGGUGGAAGUAAAAUUGGCAGCUCAAAAGGGCGCUUGGAUGAGGAGAAUGGAGAUGAGCGGAUUAGGCAUCAUGAUGAACGUCUGUUUGUAGGGAGACUGGAUCGGGAACAGGAGAAACUUCUUCGGGAAAGCAAGGAUCUGGCAGACCUAGCACGGAUGCACACGGCUGGAUGUGCUGCUGGUGGCUUGAACCCUAAUCUAAUGGUAACUGGCGGUCCAACCCUUGGAACUGCUGGACGGUGGUCAGCUGAAACGGCGUCACACUUGGCAGCACCUCCUUGGUUGCCGAGGGCAACUGCCCCUUCCAUGUGGCUUGCUGGUCAUCCAUAUGGUUUGGGUCACCCAUCUAUUCAUCAAGGAAUAACCCCAGGCUUCCCUCCUGGGAUGGCUGCCUCCUUGCCUACUGCGUAUCAUUUUGCCAGAGACCCUCAGACUGGCCAGAUUGUGGUGAUCCCUACUGAACAGCUGUCACAUCUCGAGAUACUGGACAGGAUGCCCGCUCUUUGGCCAGCCAUGUACUCUCCGACACGCGCUUCUCUUCAGCAUGCACAUCACCUCCAGCUUUUGUCCCAGCAGCAGCUUCUACGGCAGCAUGAGCUGUUCAUGCUUCAGCAGCAGGCGGCACAUGCAAUGGAGAUGCAAAGGAAUGUACAGCUUGAUGCUAUAGAACUGCAGAGAAGUGUACAGAUUGAUGCUCUAGAAUUGCAAAGAACCGUGCAGCUAGAAGCACUAGAAUUGCAGAGGAGUACGCAGCUGGAUGCUCUGGAACAUCAGAGGAGCAAGCAACUAGAGGAAAAAAUGAAAGUGAGUGAGCAACAGGCAGAGGUGCAGGACAAAGUAGCAAAGCAGAACACAGAGACCAAUAAACAGGGGACUUCUUCAAAAGAGCUUAUGCAGAGGGUACUUUCGCCUCCUGUUUCUGUGUCCCAUAGCGAAAUGCACAGCCCUACUGCCUUUCCCCCCGAACACUCCAUAGUUCCCAUGCUCAAAACAGAGGUUGUCCAUAAACGGGAAGAUGCAGCACCAAAGGAAUCCUUUGUCUAUUCUACAAAUUCUCGCUCUCCCAGCCCACCUGCUGCUACUUCUGCACCUACCACUGCUGCUAUAUCUACCCUAGAGAGGCCUUCUGAGGACAGCAGAAAUGAGGACAUUGAUAUUAAAAAGGACACCUCCACAUUCCAAGAUGCCUCCUCAGGUUACCCAUUCCAGUCUAUUUCCCAUCCAUUCAGACAGCACUACACUUACUUGGUCCAACCAUCUGCUGCUUCUGAUGCAGUUUGUUAUGCUCCAGAUGUUCCAGUUCCAACCAGAAGUUCUAAUCCUAUGGAAACCUCUCUGGAGUUAAAACCUACGCACCUGGUUAUUCCAGAUUAUGAACCCGAUGUAACAGAUACUAGUGCAGAGACUCUGGGAGUUAUAGUAAAGACUGAGGAUGAUAUCCUGGAUGCUGCAUCCGAGCAGAACACAAAUGACCAUAAAGAGGAAUUUCAAAAAGAACACAUGGAACAUCAAAUUGUUGUACACCAAAGUGAGACUAGUAGAGAUUUAGAUAUAUGCCAAGAAUCCUCUCUUCAAGAUAUACAUCCUGAUCCUGUUAAAGAGACCAACCCAACUCAAGCAGACUUCAGCAACACCUUCGAUGACAGUGAUAAUGACCUGGUGAAUCCAGUCUUCGCACCUCAAAAAAAACUUCCUGAAAGCAUAAGUGAUUCAGGAGAGCUGAAUGAAUGCAAAGAAGAAAACCAGCAACUGGAGGACAUGAAACAUGUGUCUGAAAUUGUAUGUAGUGGAGGUGCUGAUGUAUCCCACCAGCAAUCUAACAUGCCAUGCAUUGACAUUAAACAAGAAGAUCCAUUGGCUGGUAUGAAUGCUCUAGUGGCUGCAACUGAAAUGCCAGAGUCAUAUGCCUAUUUACCUAGGGACAGUGUCAUCUUGAAUUCUGACCAGUCUCUGGAUCCUGCUCUCUUAGAAGGCAUAACACUUCUGAGUGAAAUGGCAGAAAUUGAACUUGAGAAAAUAAAUCAAGAAAUGGAAAACCUAAAAGCUUCCCAAGCUCGAGUUUCUUUGGAGAGCUUGCUCGCUGCCAGCACACAAAUGUUGAUGGAAGUGCUUUCACCCCCCACCCUGGACUCUUUGAAAGCAGAAUCUAUUAAGUUGUCUCGAGAACUGAAUCCCAACAAGAAAUACAGCUGGAGGCACAAAAAAGAGGAGAGGCUGUUUUCUGUAAAGUCCUCACUUGAUCACAUGGAUUCUAUGGAACUUGACUAUAGGUUGAGACUGGCAGAGCUGCAGAGACUGUACAAAGAAAAGCAGAGGGAACUGGUCAAGUUGCAGAGAAGAGAAUCUGUGGAGACGCGUGAUGAGAAGAGUAGGAGCUUGGGAAGAAGAGGCCCUGGGAGGCCCAGGAAGAGGAAUCAUGGAACAAGUGUUCUAUCUCCCCUGCUGGAGAGAGAGAAGAAUGGCAACAAGAGCAGAAACAAGUGUCUUCUGCUUUCUGAAGAUUCGGAGACAGGGGAAUUUUUAAGAAAUAGACUGAUGAAUGUUCUAGAAGAGGAUGAGAUGGAAAAUGUAAGUGAAAAACUGAAAAGCAGAAUGCAACGUUGGGAGGAAAUGGACAGAUCUUCAGGUUCAAAGUACGAGGUACAAAGCAGGUGCAGAAAGAAAAGGAAGUCAAAUGACCAGGAUCUGUUGGCAACCAAGCUGGACAAAGCCUUGUAUCUCGGUAAACAGGACAACCUAAAGACUCAGUUUAAGCUUUCAGAGAACAGUGCUGGGAAGCAGAGAUGUGAAGGAAAAAAGACUGCAUCAGCCACAGAAUCCAAACAGAUACACACUUUGCAUUUUCCCUUUAUAAUCCCAAAGCAAGGCAAAAACAAAAUGACUACAAAAUUAAAGAAGAUGGAUGUGAUGUCAAAGCUUAUGAAAACUCACACGUCCACACUGUCAGAAGUGAGCAGCUGCUCAUAUAAUACAGACACAGAAGAUGAGCAGUAUCCUAGAACAGAUUGGCCCUCCAGCUCCAGAUCAAUGCAUCCUAUGUACAACUUGUUGUCUAGGAAGAUCCGAAAAACUCCAGAAUGUCUUCUUUCUCCAGGAAGUGCAACGUCCAGUUGUGGGACUGUCAAGUCUAAGCAAGAAGUCGGUAGAAAUAAACCCUUUUGUUCAUUGCUACCAAAUGGAGAGGCUGCAUCAUUCUUCAGUGAUUCAACGGAGGACUCGCUUGACCAAGAUUAUAGCUCUGUGGAGGAGGAAGAUUUUGAUUACAGUUUAGAUCAUUUGACACCUCGCUACAUGGAGGAAAGUGGCCUGGGCCUUCUUGCUCGGUUUGCUGCAAGUGUUCUGCCUAGCCCCGUCACCUCUUCACCUCGGUCGGUCAUUGAGAUGGAAGCAAAAGAAAAGGCUGACAAGGAGGAGAGAAAAAGUCUGACUGGUUCAGAGUUUGAAUACACAGAUUCAGAAAAUGAGGUAAAGAUACUGAAGAACGUUUCACCAAGCAUGACCCCUACAAUCGUAACAGAAUCUGUGAGGACAACAUUGGGUAUGAUGGAAGACUGCAGUACUGAGAAGGUGAAGCUCUUUGACAAGCCACAGAAGUUAAAGAAACUAAAAUCUCCUAAGGACUUCAGCCAUGAAUUUGGACCAGAAGUUAGUGACGAUGACCUGUGGAGUAGGCGUCGAAGUGAGAGGAUCUUCCUUCAUGAUGCGACCAGUACUGCAACUCUCUUGCCAGUGACAACCGCCAAUUCACAUACUACUUCUAAACCUGUUCGCAGCAGCAAGCUUUCAAUGGUGAACCCAAAGAAAGGCAAAGAACGAAAAGAAUACUAUUGCAAGAAGAAAAAUAAGGAGACGUUUCCUUUCACUGGCAGCAGCAGCAGCAGCUCUGCUCCUGAAGAACAGUUCUCUGUCACAACCUCUGUAAAUUGCAGUCGAAAGAGUAAAUUGAGGUUGAAAUCUAAGGACAUAAAGAAGGAGAAUCGUGGAAAGGGUGGUGCAGUAAGCAAGCUGAUGGAAAGCAUGGCUGCCGAGGAGGACUUUGAGCCCAGUCAGGAUAGCAGCUUCUCUGAAGAUGAGAAUGUAACCCAUGGUUUGCAUCCUGAGCGCCCAAUCACACCUGCACCACACUCCUGUAUCAUUGAUAAAGAUGACCUAAAGGAUGGGUUGCGUGUUCUCAUUCCCAUGGAUGAUAAACUCCUUUAUGCUGGCCAUGUACAGACUGUCCACUCUCCAGACAUAUAUCGCGUGGUUAUAGAGGGUGAAAGAGGAAACCGCCCGCAUAUCUAUUGUCAGGAGCAGCUCCUUCAAGAAGCUAUCAUAGAUGUUAAGCCACCUUCAGUUCGCUACCUGCCCGAAGGUACCCGAAUUGCGGCUUAUUGGAGCCAACAGUAUCGUUGUUUGUAUCCAGGCACCAUCAUGCAAGGAGACUUAGACCAGGAGGAUGAUAAAGACCUUAUUACGGUGGAGUUUGAUGAUGGAGAUACAGGACGAAUUCCACUGUCUCACAUACGCCUCUUACCACCAGAUUACAAAAUACAGUGUGCAGAGCCAUCUCCAGCUUUACUUGUACCUAGCGCAAAACGCAGAGUUAGGAAAUCCAGCAAGGAGCAAGCAGAAGGGAAAAGUGGAGGCUCUGUCGGUUGCGAAGAGGUGUUGGUAAAGAACAAACCAAGGGGACGGAAACCAAGUGUCAAGCAGAUAUCUGGGGAAGUAACAGUGCAAGAAAGCACAGGUGAAGAUGAAUCUUCAAUGAGCUCCAAGUCAGGCCAAGACAUCCAACCAAAUGUAAUAAAGCCAAACACAACAAGAGAAAGGAAAAACUCUCACAUGCCAGCAGAAUCUUCAACUUCAUUUGUAUCACCAAAAAUAGCCAGGCUAGGAAAAGUGAAGAUCACCACUAAGAUAUGCAGUACGAAACAAAAGUGUUAUCCAGAAUCCGUGUUUUCAAAUAUGGUCAGUGGAGAUGUACUCUCCGACACCGGCAUAGCUUUGUUUAGCCAGAAUGUACAAGAAGCAAAUGUGAAUAAAAAGAAAAGGAGACAGACAGAGGAACAAGGAGAGUUUGUACCUAGUGCCAAAAGCCAAAGGAAGACAGAUGGUGAACUACUGGUAAAAUUAGACCAUGAAGGGGUUAUGUCUCCAAAAACUAGAACAACUAAGGAGGCUAUGAUGAGGCUUGAAGACCCCAACAUUUCAGUUAGAGCGGAAAAAAAUAUUACUAGUCUAGGCUACUCAACAGUGUGCACCAGUGAAGCCAAAGAAAAGUCUUCUAGAUCAAAGACUCAUCCACAGGAUUCUCAUACUCCCCUAUUUGGAACUGAAGCAUUUGAUAGUAUUGUAGGCAGCUCAAAGAGUAAAUCUGAUCAAAGCCAAGCAAUUCAAGAGCCUAAAGAGGAGAAUGAAAGCAGCAGUAGCAGUAGUUCAGAAUCUGAGGGAGAUGAUGACAGAAAUCCCAAAGAAAGCCAAUCACAGAAAGAUAGUACAAGCAGUAGCUCAACCUCAACAACUGUAUCUUCAAGUAAAACUUCAUCUUCUUCCAGCAGUAGCUCAUCGUCAACAUCCUCGUCUUCUUCCUCCUCUUCCUCUUCCUCAUCAACUUCAUCAUCCUCAAGCUCCAGUUCUUCCUCCUCUUCCACAACAGAUGACUCCUCUAGUAGCUCAGAAGAUGAAGCCCAAGAGACUGCUUCAAGCACAGCAGAUACACAUCAUCAUCUGCAAGUCAAAGACAUUAAAGCAAGCAGUGACUGCAAAGUUUCCAUCCAUAUUCAGAGCCAAAAGCCACAAAAACAAGCACAACAGAAAGGUUGUAAAGGUAAACCCAAGAAAAGAGAAGGAAUACAUCUGCCUACAACCAAGGAGCUGGCCAAAAGGCAAAGGCUACCCUCUGUGGAGAACAGACCCAAGAUUGCUGCAUUCCUUCCAGCCAGACAGCUCUGGAAAUGGUUUGGGAAGCCCACACAGAGGAGAGGAAUGAAAGGAAAGGCAAGGAAGUUGUUCUACAAGGCUAUUGUUCGUGGCAAGGAAAUAAUCAGAAUUGGAGAUUGUGCAGUAUUCUUAUCUGCUGGGAGGCCAAACUUGCCAUACAUUGGGCGCAUCCAAAGUAUGUGGGAAUCGUGGGGCAAUAACAUGGUUGUUAGAGUCAAGUGGUUCUAUCAUCCAGAAGAAACUAAUCCUGGAAAGAAACUGCAUGAAGGCAAAAGCAGGGACCACAAAUCUAACAAAGGCACAACAUCUGGUCUGCACAUAUCCAGUCUGAGGAAGGAUUUUAUGGAGCGUGCCUUGUACCAGUCCUCUCAUGUGGAUGAAAAUGAUGUUCAGACCGUAUCUCACAAAUGUUUGGUGGUUGCUCUUGAGCAAUAUGAGCAGAUGUUAAAGACAAAAAAGUAUCAAGACAGUGAGGAUCUUUAUUACUUGGCUGGAACCUAUGAACCCACCACAGGAAUGAUCUUUAACACAGACGGAGUGCCCGUCAUCAUAUAAUCUGUUGAGCAUGUAACCAGUCUAGCAGGCGUUUGUCUUGAUUAUUCAUACACUAACGGUUGUAAGAAAGAGAAGUUGCCUGAUCUUAGCACAUGCCUCUCCUAAGGAAUGUAAUUGGAAAUAAGAACAGCUUUGAAUGAAAAUGUUUCAUAUUAUGACUACAAAGCUGCACAGUAUCUGAUGGUUGCAUGUUACCUAGGGCAUAGUCUACACUCGCUGUACAGGUACAUGAGUUAAGAAAACAUUGUAAAGAUUGUAGGGUAAAUGCUAGGUUUUUCCUCAUACGUAUAAAUAAUGCUUUCUAGAAGGCAACUGAGAAAUGAGGGAAAACUCAUGAACAACAUAACAGUGACAAGUGACAGUGAUUAGGCCUUUGUCACUUCAGAGAGACAGUCGUGAAUAGUAAAAAUAGAAACAUAAA